CGCCAUAGUUGGCUUUAAGAGGCGGGCGGUGUCAGUCGCCUCCAUGAUAUGAAUAUAAGUAAACGGCAACUGGACGAGUCUGAACAAAGUGAGCCCGUCGAGAUGAGUUUGAAUAAACGGGCCCUAGAUGAACCAGUAAUAAAUGAGCCCCUUGACAUGAGUUUGGAGAACCAGCAAGAUCCAUCACUACAAAAUUGUCCAUUAGAUUUGUCAAUGGGAAAAAGAAAAUCAGAUGGAAUAAUAAAGUCACCAGUCAGCAGUCUGAAUGGGUUAAAGAAAACGGAGGCAGCUGUGAAUGAUGAUUUGUCAUUGGGGAUAGAGAAGUCAGAUGGAGUGAGUGUGUUACCAGUCAGUAGCCUGCAAGAGUUAAAGAAAACUGAGGAAGCUGUGGGUCUUGAUUUGUCAAUGGGAGGAAGAAAGUCAGCAGUCAGCAGCCUGCGUGGGGUAAAGAAAAGCAACACAAUUGUACAGGGUGAAAAGGCUGCGACAUCUGAGGAGGUGAUAAAAAUACCAUGUGUUGUGGAAGAACCUGGAGUUAGAUACCCCCUUGAUGUUUGGUUCCUCAUAGCAGAUUACAUUGUUCCUGAAAGUGUGGGGAAAUUUGCCAGAAUAUGUAAAGAUUCUCUGUAUGUCACUUACACUGCCAUCUUUUGGUGCAAAUUGUUCAAGAGAUACUGCACUGAUGGCCGCAUCACAGAAGCAUCAUUUAAAGUUAUACGGAAACAACGUGGGUUGAGAACUAGGGUGAUACGGUCAUUGCAUCGCAUCUACAAACCGUUGGCGAUGAAAAGAGAAACAGAUUUAAAUCCACCCAUGUUACUGAACAGAUUGAUUAAGAGCCAGUGGGUUGAGAGUAAUAGAAGAGGUACGGAAUGGAUUUACCACUUUGAAUUGUAUGAUUUUUAUAACAAGAGCAGGUGGAAACCAGAAAAGUUUGACGAAUGGUGGAAUGAUAUCACAGUCAAUCAAUCGGCCUACUGUGUAAUGCUAAAGAUAACAUCUUCACGAAAAGUGGAGUUGCCAAAACUUCAGGGACUUGUACUGCGAGAGAUUAUCCUUGUCAAAAUGGAAAAUAAAAUAACGAAAAUAAAAUGCAUACUCCACUCUUGCCCUAUGUUAACUAAUAAAGGAAAGAAGGUAUUCAUUUUUCAAACAGAAAUGCCAAUACUACGCACAAGAGUUCUGAAUUGGUGGAGCCCUUACUACCCCCGCAAGGCUAACUGUCCCUAGAGGGGUUGAGCAGAAUUUGGCUAACAAUAUCCAGCCUGGAGAGCCACAUUCUAUCACAGUAUUCAACAGCACAAAAGGAAAAAUUCUGUGUUAGUGCUGAUGAUCCCAGUGUUGUUCCUGUAAAAUGUUAAUUAAUUGAUCAUUAAAUAUCCCUAGUGGUAAGCUGUUUUCAAAAAUUACGUUUUAAAACCCUGUUAAAAUCGGUGUUAUUCCCAGUGUAUCAUGUAUAUUUAGAAACAACAGCACAAAUGCAUUAAAUUAUCUGUGUUAAUGGAAAUGAUCCCAGUGUUGUACCUAUAAAAUCAUAAUUAUUAAUUAAUCAAUGUUCAGCAUCCAUUUUUGAUAAGUAUUCUCUAAAAGUGCAUUUUUCUUUAAUUGAUCAUUAAAUAUCCCUAGCGGUUAGCUGUUUUCAAAAAUUACAUUUUAAAACCCUGUUAAAAUCGGUGUUAUUCCCAGUGUAUCAUGUAUAUUUAGAAACAACAGCACAAAAGUAUAAAUUAUCUGUGUUAAUUCAUGCAUGUUCAGCAUCCAUUCUUGAUAAGUGUUCUCUGAAAGUGCAUUUUUCUUUAAUUGAUCAUUAAAUAUCCCUAGUGAUAAGCUGUUUUCAAAAAUUACAUUUUAAAACUCUGUUAAAAUCUGUGUCACUUUGUUACUCCCAGUGGACACGUAUAUUUAGAAAAGAUAUAUAAAACCUGUAACAAUGUUUCAAAAUAAAUGUUGAUAUGUACUGCAGUUGAUUCUAGAAUGUGUAUCAGAAGAUAAUAAAACAAUAAAUAUAUGUAUUCCA